GUGGAUCCCGGAGCAGGAAGCCAAAAGGGAAAGCGAGGAACAGCGGAGGGGGGGGGAGACACACACACACACACACACACACACCCACACACCCUUGUCCCUCCUGCGCCCAGGUGGGGUCCGGACAAGAUCCCAGGUGGGUGGCUGCGUUUGACGCCCCCGGUUGGUUCCUGGGAUCCACCGGCGGCUCAGCUGGAAGAUCCGAAGAUCUCUCCGCCUUUCGGGCGGCCGUGGAGCUCUUCUCCGGCCUGGCGGGGCUGCCUGCUUGGGAUCUCAGAUCCAGACUUCCCUCGGGAUCUGCUUCCCGGCCCUCCCUGUCGGGGGAUCUCCCCCCUCCCGCUGGGGUUCCCCUUUCCCCGUGGUCAAGGAUCCACCCGCCGUUCAAAGGGCGAGGAGAUCCGGCCGAGAGGCGGCCCGGGAGAGCAGCGGAUCCAGCCGGCGGGGAUCAAUCGGAUCCCUCCGUCCAGGGGGGAACCUCCGAGCGAGGCAGCCUCUCCUUUGGCUCAUCCCGUUUCGCCGUUCACGCAGCAACCCCCAAGAUUGGCGCUGUGCGACUGGUCUGGAAAUGGCUAGAAACCUCCGAGGGCCUGAUCAGAGGAUCGUCCUGGUGGGCAGCACCGGAAGUGGGAAAAGCGCGACGGGAAACACCAUCCUGGGAAGAAACCUCUUUGAGUCUAGGUUGAGUGUUAGGUCAUCAACAAAGAUUUCCCAAAGGGAGGAGAGCCUGUGGAAUGGCCGGAAGGUGGUGGUGGUGGAUACGCCGGGCUUUUUCGACCCUGGGGUUCCAGAGUCCCAAACUGUGACGGAGCUCAUGAAGUCUAUGAAGUUUUGCACCCCGGGCCCCCACGUUAUUCUGUGGGUCAUGCGUAUUGGCUAUUUCACCCGGGAGGAGAAGGAGAUGCUUCAGCUGGUCAAAGAGGUGUUCGGUCGCAAAGGCAAGAAUUACCUGAUCCUUUUGUUCACCCGCAAGGAGGACCUGGAAGGGGAGACGCUGGAGGAAUUCAUAUCCAAAGAAAACGUCGCGCUUCGGGAACUGGUGGCCUACUGUGGGCACCGCUGCCUGGCCUUCAACAACAAGGCCAAAGGAGAAGAACGGGAGGCUCAGGUGGCCGAACUGAUGCGGAUGAUCGAUCAGCUCGUGUACAAGAACGGGGAUGCGACUUGCUACACGGAGGACAUGCUGAGGGCGGACAUAAACCACUUCAAAGAAAGGCGUGGUCCGGAAAUGGCUGGAAGCCUCCGAGGGCUCGAACGGCGGAUCGUCCUCGUGGGCAGAACCGGAAGUGGGAAAAGUGCGACGGGGAACACCAUCCUGGGAAGGAAAGUCUUUGGGAUGUCACCUAGGUCAGCUACAAAACGUUGCCAAAAGGAGGAGAUGCUGUGGAACGGCAGGAGGAUUGUGGUGGUCGAUACGCCUGGCUUCCCGGACACCGGGCAUCCAAACGCUGCCGACAUGAGCGAGUGUCUGAAGUUAUGCGGCCCGGGUCCCCACGUUAUUCUCUGGGUCAUGCGCCCCGACCGUGUCUCCCAGAAGGGGAAGGACGUGGAACGGCUGAUCCCCGAGAUCUUCCGAGAGAAAGGCAGGGAUUAUGUGAUCCUCCUGUUCACCCACAAAGAUCAGCGGGAAGGCGAACCGGCUGAAAAUCAACCGGAUCAAAAGGAAUUCCUGGCCGGCUGGGAGAACCGCUGCCUGGCCUUUAACAACAUGGCCGAAGGAGACGAACGGGAGGCUCAGGUGUACGAACUAAUGAAGACGAUUGACCGGGUCGUGUUUGAGAACGGAGACGCUCUUUAUUACGGGGUGAGAAGUGGCUCCUCCUCCUGUCCUAUCAUCUAAUUAACAGAAUCUUGACAACGUCUCCCGUUCACUCCGGCUGGUGCCGAAGAGCAUCAAGGCAAG